AUGGCCCUGGCUGUUCCGCUGGUGCCGGCGGGCUGUCGAAGCCCAAGGCUUCCUUUGUGGCCUGCCUUGCGGCGCCGGCCGCCGGCAUCAGACAGCAGAAGACGGAGGUGCUCCUUGACGCUCGGGUUCAUCGCAGGGAAAGUCUCUGGAGCCACCAGGUCGAGGCGACAAGCUGGCGAAGUGGAAGAGCCCUGGGAGGAUUCCGAGGAGGUCGACCGUCAGAUCGCGGGACUGCUCGCCAAGAACCUGGUGCGUGUGGUGCAGAGCCAGAGGGUACCUGUCUCAUCGCUACACACAGGACAGCGACUGACGGGCAUUGUCCGGGCCAUCGAGAGCUUCGGCGCCUUCGUAGAUGUCGGCGCCCAGCGCGAUGGCUUGGUGCCGAUUCAGCUGAUUUCGGAGAAGUACGUCGCCGACGUCUACGAGGAGAUCAUGCCUGGUCAGAAGGUCACCGUGUGGGUGGAGGAGGUCAAGAGCAACGGCCGUCUCACCCUGACCAUGUUGCCAAAGUACCUCAGACCGCCUUCCGUGGUUCGAGAGGACCUCCUUGCCUUUCGCCAGCUCCCGGAGGAUGUGUGGCUCAGAGGGCGGGUCAACACACGCAAAGCCAGCGAGGCUUUGGUGGAUGUCCCUGUUCCAGGCCAGAAUGACAAGUACUUCACCGGCGUGCUGCGCGAGAGGGACCUCGCAGGAAGAGUGGCGCUGCUGGCAGACGGCCAGGAAAUCCAGGUCAGAGUGCUUCAGGUGGAGCUUCGCAACCGCCGGCUCAACCUUUCCGCCAGGGCAGCUCCGACGAAGCCCCGACAGCGGGCGACGCCCUCGAAGCAGGCCGAUCAGGCCAACCUCGGCCUGUUCCAUAAUGUUCCCCGCGACGCAUGGCUUGAAGCCGACGUCGAGCGGACGACGCGCUCCGAGGCAUUUCUGCGUGUCCAUCAUCCCGGCAUCUUAGACGUCACGGCCGAGGGCCAGGUGAAUGUCUCAAGGAUGUCGGACAUGCCAGUGGAGGAUCCGGCGGAGAUCGUAGAGAUCGGCCAGGAAAUCCAGGUGAAAAUCCUGGACAUCGAUUUGAAGAGGAGGCGGCUGGUGUGCUCGAUGGUGUGA